UGUCCCUGGUCUUCCUUGUUGACUUGACGCUGGUCAACAACAGCUGCUCUGCCAGAGACGGUAGUUGGCGAUGUGACAUGAACGUCAGCCCACCUGUGUGAGCUUUAACAGUAGAGUCCAUGGUGUCGCUGUGAGCUGAGCUGCAGUCUCUCAACAGGAGCACCAUGGCAAUGUGGAUCCAGGCCCAACAGCUGCAGGGUGAGGCAUUGCACCAGAUGCAGGCGUUGUACGGCCAGCACUUCCCCAUCGAGGUGCGACACUACCUGGCCCAGUGGAUUGAAUGCCAGCUAUGGGAUUCAGUGGAGUUGGACAACCCAUCGGAAGAAGCCAAAGCCAAGCGUCUGCUGGACAACCUGGUGGCCGAGCUGCAGAGGAAAGCCCAGCUACAGGGAGGAGAGGACGGCUUUCUGCUCAAGAUCAAGCUGGGCCACUACGCCAGCCAACUCAAGAGCACUUAUGACCGUUGUCCUUUGGAGCUGGUGCGCUGCAUUAAACACAUCCUGCACUCGGAGCAGAGACUGGUUCAAGAAGCAACAAAUGCCAGCUGCGGGAGUGGAGGGCAGGCCAUGGACAGCCUGUCACAGCGCCACCAGCAGAUCAACCAGGCCUUUGAGGAGCUCCGCCUGGCCACACAGGAGACUGAGAAUGAACUGAGAAAGCUGCAGCACAGCCAGGAGUACUUCAUCAUCCAGUACCAGGAGAACCUGCGCAUCCAGGCCCAGUUGAGCAGCCUGUCUUCAGUGCCUCAAGCUGAGCGCACCCAGCGGGAGACCACCCUACAGAGCAAGAGGGCCACUGUGGAGGCCUGGCUCACCAGAGAGGCCACCACACUACAGAAAUACAGGCUUGACCUGUCAGAACAACACCAGAAGACCCUGGCCCUGCUGAGGAAGCAGCAGACUCUGAUCCUGGAUGAGGAGCUCAUCCAGUGGAAGAGGAGGCAGCAGCUGGCUGGCAACGGGGGUCCUCAUGAGGGGGGACUGGAUGUCCUCCAGUCUUGGUGUGAGAAGCUGGCCGACCUGAUCUGGCAGAACCGGCAGCAGAUCAGACGCUGUGAACAUCUAACCCAGCAGCUUCCUCUGCCGGGCCCCAUGGAAGAGCUGCUGAGCAAACUCAACGCCGACAUCACCGAUAUCAUCUCCGCCCUGGUUACCAGCACCUUCAUCAUUGAAAAGCAGCCGCCCCAAGUGUUAAAGACCCAGACCAAGUUUGCAGCCACAGUGCGCCUUCUAGUGGGCGGGAAGCUCAACGUCCACAUGAAUCCACCUCAGGUCAAGGCCGUCAUUGUUAGCGAGCAGCAGGCCAAAGCUUUGCUGAAGAACGAGAGCACACACAGUGAAAGCAGCGGAGAAAUCCUCAACAACAACUGUGUAAUGGAGUAUCACCAGGCCACUGGCACCCUCAGUGCACACUUCAGAAACAUGUCACUGAAGCGGAUCAAGCGUUCGGACCGUCGCGGUGCUGAGUCGGUGACGGAGGAAAAGUUCACAGUCCUGUUUGAAUCGCAGUUCAGCGUCGGGGGCAACGAGCUGGUCUUCCAUGUCAAAACCUUAUCGCUGCCUGUGGUUGUGAUCGUCCAUGGCAGCCAGGACAACAACGCCACAGCCACGGUCCUGUGGGACAACGCCUUUGCUGAGCCGGGCAGGGUGCCGUUCAUCGUGCCAGACAAGGUCCUGUGGCCCCAGCUGUGCGACGCCCUCGAUAUGAAGUACAAGGCAGAGAUGCACAGCGGGCGUGGCCUGUCGGAGGAUAACAUGGUCUUCCUGGCACAGAAAGCUUUUACAAGCAGCAGCAACAACCCCGAGGACUCCUGCAACAUGACCAUAUCGUGGGCUCAGUUCAACCGGGAAAGCUUACCUGGACGCAACUUCACCUUCUGGCAGUGGUUUGAUGGGGUAGUGGAGCUCAUGAAGAAACAUCUCAAGCCUCACUGGAAUGAUGGGGCCAUCCUGGGCUUUGUGAACAAGCAGCAGGCGCAGGACAUGCUGAUGUCCAAACCCAACGGCACCUUCCUGCUGCGAUUCAGCGACUCCGAGAUCGGAGGCAUCACCAUCGCCUGGGUGGCUGAGAACCCCAACAAACAAGGUGAGAGGCUGGUCUGGAAUCUGUUGCCUUAUACAACCAAGGACUUCUCUAUUCGUUCCCUGGCUGACCGCAUCAGUGACCUGAACCACCUGCUGUUUCUCUACCCCGACCGGCCCAAAGACGAGGUCUUCGCCAAAUACUACACCCCUCCACUCUCAAAAGCAGUGGAUGGAUAUGUAAAACCACAGAUCAAACAAGUCGUGCCAGAAUUCACCACCCCGAACCCUGAACCCAGUGGAGGAACUCCUACGUUCAUGGACCAAACAGCUUCUCCCUCUGUGAGCCACCCCAACAGCUUCGGUGUCUACCCUUCUAUGAGUGACACCAUGUUGGAUGCAGAUGGAGACUUCGACUUGGAGGACACGAUGGACGUGGCCCGCCAUGUGGAGGAGCUACUCCGCAGGCCUAUGGCCAACCAGUGGAGCAGUCAGCAGUCCUGAAUAUGAAACCUGCUGAACCCGCUGCACACCUUCAGGUCUUCUCCAUCUUAUCUAACAGAAACACCCACAACUGCAACCUAAAUGCUGAAAAAACAUGUAAUCUCUUCUCUAUCACAGGGAGUAUUUGUCACUCGUUUUUAUUUGUAAAUCCAUAAAAUUCUUUACAAGACUUAAAGCAA